GGUGGAGAAAAAAAGAAGAAGUGACGCUAAAAAUAGAAAUUCUUGCGUUGCGUGGUCUCCGAAAAAGCAGGAAAUCACGAGAUUAGCUGGCAAGAAAGCCUCUCCGCGGAAACAUCCAAAACCUACACCCGUGGCUCGCUUGGGUUCAUCAAACGAAAAUGGCGCGCCGGCCAAUCGAAGUCGAGAUGACGCUCAGCCUCGACUGCUGGCAGGAUGUGCUGAGCCCGGCUCAGAAAGCGGCGUACGAAAAGGCGGAACAGGAAUACAACGCAAUUCGCAGCAAGCUGCAGGCGAUCGUGAAGGAAAGUGGCGGAACGAACAUAUUUUCCGGCGAAGUGUUCACAGCCUACCAAGUUUUGGGACCGGUGCCGGGUUUGGAGAAAAUUUCACAACCCGUCACUGCACUGGCCACGAAGAAGAAGAUACAACCGAAUGCGCCACCACCUCUGACGCCACUACCGGCCUCAGCAGUAGCAUCCAGCUCGAAGCACGGUGUGCCGGGCAUUCCACCGGAUACAGCGACCCGACGAAGGACACGUCAAUCGCUUCCGCUUUCAGACGAUGACUUCAGGGAUCCAUCACCGGUCAUGCUGGACGACGAUGAGGAAGAUUAUAUGCCGCUUUCGAAACGUAUGAAAGUCAAGGAUAAGAAGACAUCGGAUGAGGUCGUCAAGCCGCAGAAAACGGUGGAGACUCCGAAACGGGAAAAGACCGCCAAAUCUCCUAUUCCUCAAACGAGCUCCCAUAGCAUUGGUGGAGCCGGGAAACCCAAUGAAUACAAUGCCGUCGGAGGUUUGCGCAUAGCUGCAGGCGAUAAGGAUAAGAAACGUUCACUCGCCGAACCGUCCAUGAUCGUCGAUCUAACAUCGGACGAAGCCACCAGCACAGCGGCCGAUUCGCGGGAAAUCUCUUUCAGUAAAAUCCAGGGCAAAACCUUCCCUUCGUUAGUGGUUGUCGCGAGACCAUCGCUUCGAAUGCCGGAGAAAGUACCCAACGAUCGGCCAUCGCUCGAUGCGAGGGUGAAGUCGGUGCUCGUCUUUUCGCCCGGUAAAUUCACCGAAUGGCUCAUACAGCAGGGUCUUCUCAAAUCGGAACAACAAUGCAAGGUACAUCCCAAGAAACCGCUAAAGCUUGGCAUGUACUCGGAUGUGUCCAAGUUCAUCCAUUCGGGCGGUUACGUGUGGAUCAGUGAGUGUUGUCCGGCACGUUUCACGUCCGUCUUCAAUGGCUCGCUGUUUGAAGAAUCAUCCCAUGCACCUUCGGUCUUGCUGAAGCUCAUCUAUCAUUGGGCCUGCCAGACGAGUGUUGCCAAUGUAGCCAACUGGGUGAAGGUGGACAAUAUGUACAUGAAGCGGUUCUAUACGCUGCUACGCUCCGUCUGCAGCAUCGCACUAUGCCAGCACAUGCCAAUGCUUGGUGGCCACGGCAAGGUAGUCGAAGUUGGUGUCAUCUCACUUGGAACUACGAGCCAGGACGGACAACAGCGGCAGGUCAAGGUCGAGGUAUUGGGUGUGCUCGAUCGGGAAGCUAAAUUGAUUCGCCUUCGCGCCGUAGAUCCUCCCGGUGAGGGGGAUCGCAGUUACAAGAAACGGUUCGCGAAAAUUUUGGAACCUCUCGCAGUCUGGACACACAAGGAAAGUCUUAUCGUGACUGACCUGACCGUUGACAAGAGUACACUGAAUUGCAUGGGCUACAAGCAUGUCCUCCAAACCCCAACUGCUGAAGCCGCCUUUAAAAACAGCAAUGCCAACGUAAUGAACUAUCUGCGAAGUAUCGUUCCACGUAUGUUCCAAAGUACGCUGUCGCUGCUCUCGCGACAGAUAAUUCAACAGUUUCUGAAUGAACUAGUGUGGCGUGAGAUGUACGGUAGCACACCGGCCACUACCUUCGACAACAUUCUCAAGCAUAUUGCUGAACAGGUUCGCAUGGACCACAAGGAAACUUUGCUUGCACGAUUGACUAAGGUGUCCACUGAUCCAUUUCGUCAAUGGCAUUUUGUUAUGGAAACUCCACCAGCACAAGAUUCACCGAAACGCGGACGGAAACCCAAUCAGUCGGUAACCCCUAAUAAGGCUACCUUGGCACCGAUUGCGGCAACCGUCAAGUCACGAGGGCAAUCCCCCAACCCUCCCGUAGGUUCAGUUCCUGUCCAGACGGAUCCACCAAAAAAGAUUCUGCUGAAGAAGGUCAAACAGGAGCAGGAAAGUGCUUCUCUUGCGGCAGCUGACAAUAUUAGCCGUAGCAGGCAAGCCACUAAAACAGCAGCUCAGUCGCAAGAGCUAGUUAGCAACAGGAGUAGGAAGCAGCAGUACAUGGAGAAGGAGGAAAUAGUGUCGCUGGAGUCGUACUAUUAUGGGAUUGUAGGUGGAGCAGAUGCAAGCGAACCGAAAGAUAAUCAGUUGCCAAAGAAGCGAUUUAACGUUGCAUGUCCUGAGUGUCCCGCUGGGACAUUCUUCAAGAGUAACGUGGAGCUGUUAGAUCACUUUUUACGACAUGCCAAGGAGCCGUCGGAACAGGAGGGAAGCGAAGCGGUCGUUCAGUGUCGCUGCUGUUUGGAGUACGUCGAAAAUAUGGAGGCACUGGAGAUACAUAACCAACUCCACCAUCCAAGCGAAACGAAAGAAGCAAACACCUUGAGUUGCCUCAUUUGUAGUAAUCAUUUUAGAAGCUUGGCCACGCUGACGGAGCAUAUGCAAAAAUUUCAUCUUCCACUCGAGAUGCCGUAUCGGUGUGCAGGUUGCACAUACCGCAGCUCCUCGCAACGCCUUGCGAUCGAGCACUUCUACAACGCGCAUCGUAACACGCUACUACUGCAGUGUCCAUUCUGUCUUAAAAUGGUCACUGCCUAUCGGGCGGAUGGUCCUGAGCGGCUUGCGCAAGUGUUGCUUGAUUUUUUGGCUCAUUUACGUCAACACUGUUCGAAGAGUGUUGGCUCUAAACGAUGCCACAAGUGUGCCCUUAGCUUCUUCACCAAGGGUGAACAUAAGUUCCACAGCAUCUUUGAUCACGUGUCAGUCUCUUGCGAUCCUGCAGACGUACAGCUUAUGACCUCGUCCUUUAACAGCAUUGUGAAACCGAAGAAAAAGGCUUCUCUUCGGAAAGAAAAUUCUACUUAUCGUCUCAUCGCGGGCUACGGGGACCUGGUGUUCAACAUGGAGUGCGGCAACAUCUGCCUGGAAUGCAAGCAUGAUUUCGAUGAUUUCAAUCAUACGAUUGGACUGCUACAGUGUGUAAAAUGUGUCUAUCAGACAGCAUGUCUUCGAUCGGUGGUGAACCAUGCGACGGUGUGUUAUUUGAAUGCGAGCACCGCACCAAGUACAAAGCAGCUGCCCAAGGAGCUGUACUGCAGCUGUGGAUAUUCGUCGUGCGAUGGAAAUGCGCUGGCGCGCCAUCUCCUCUCAUGUGACCGGGACACUGUUUACACGUCGGUAAAAGCAGCACAAACGAAUGGUGGCACAAAGCGACACAUGCUUGAUAGGCUUGGAUUAAUACAGCGCGACGACAACGACGACGACGUGGAGGAGUCGUAUCAUCCGGAAACCAAUGACGAUGACGUGACUAGUGUCGUUCCCGGCCCAAGUGCCCUUUCUUAUGAUCCAUCUCAGUCUCUGUACAACAUCGCGGCUACAAGUAGUGAACAACAGUUCAAUACUCAGCUGUCCUUCGAUGAUCUUGGACCAUCCUCCGUUCUUCCAACUCAAGACACGGAUCUCACCCCGCAGCUGAAAGACGAUUAUCAAUCAUUAGCAACGCCAAGGGUUCCUGAUCAACCCGAUUUCUAGAUAUGGUAACACAAAAAUAUGAGUUUUUUCUUAUUCAUUUGAUCAGCCACCAAACGUAGCCAUAAGACAAACAUGGGGUGCAAUCUGAUCGGAUUGGUGGAUAGCAAUAAAGCGGAGACCUAGCGCCAAAACUGAGCCAAAGACA